AUGUCCGACAAACUUACCAGAAUUGCCAUUGUCAGCAGUGACAAAUGCAAGCCGAAGAAAUGCCGUCAAGAAUGCAAAAAGUCCUGCCCUGUUGUCCGUACCGGAAAACUUUGCAUCGAAGUCACCCCGGAAUCAAAGAUCGCUUUCAUCUCUGAGCGCCUCUGUAUCGGUUGUGGUAUCUGUCCGAAGAAAUGUCCUUUCGGUGCGAUCCAUAUUAUCAAUUUGCCGACCAACUUGGAGAGCCAGGUCACCCACCGUUAUUCCGCCAACAGCUUCAAGCUUCACCGUCUUCCGAUGCCCCGCCCCGGUCAGGUUCUAGGUCUGGUUGGAACAAACGGUAUUGGAAAGAGUACCGCAUUGAAGAUUCUUAGCGGCAAGCUGAAGCCCAACCUUGGACGUUAUGACAACCCUCCAGACUGGGAAGAGAUCCUUCGCUACUUCCGUGGUUCCGAACUGCAGAACUACUUCACGAAGGUGUUGGAAGAUGAUCUGAAGGCUGUCGUCAAGCCUCAAUAUGUUGACCAGAUCCCCCGAGCUGUUAAGGGUCCUACCAAGAAUGUUGGAGACCUCCUCAAAGCGCGCGCUCAAAUGGACAACAUGGAGUCAAUCUUGGAUGAUCUUGAGCUUAGGCAGGUUCAAAACCGUGAUAUCGAUCACCUCUCCGGAGGAGAGCUUCAGCGAUUUGCCAUUGGUCUAGUCUGCGUCCAGAAGGCUGAUGUCUACAUGUUUGACGAGCCUUCCUCAUAUCUCGAUGUCAAGCAGCGUCUUGCCGCUGCCCGCUCGAUCCGUGACCUUCUACGCCCCGACGACUAUGUUAUCGUUGUCGAGCACGACUUGUCGGUUCUCGACUAUCUUUCCGAUUUCGUUUGCGUUCUUUACGGAAAGCCCGCAGUUUACGGUGUCGUGACCCUCCCAUCUUCAGUGCGUGAAGGUAUCAACAUCUUCUUGGACGGACACAUCCCCACUGAGAACCUUCGAUUCCGGGAGGAAUCACUUACUUUCCGUCUUGCUGAAGCUGGAGACGAUUUCAUUAUCGACAAGGCCCGCGCAUUCCGUUAUCCAGCUAUGGAGAAGACCCUUGGCAACUUCCACCUCAAGAUUGACGCCGGUGACUUCACGGAUUCCGAGAUCAUUGUCAUGAUGGGAGAAAACGGAACUGGAAAGACUACAUUCUGCAAGAUGCUUGCUGGUGCCGAGAAGCCUGAUGGAAAUGCCUCUAUUCCUCGCAUGAACAUCAGCAUGAAGCCUCAGAAAAUUACCCCCAAGUUCCAGGGAACUGUUCGCCAGCUCUUCUUCAAGAAGAUCAAGGCUGCUUUCCUGUCGCCUCAGUUCCAGACCGACGUGUACAAGCCUCUCAAGAUCGACGAUUUCAUUGACCAGGAGGUCCAGAACCUGUCUGGUGGUGAAUUGCAGCGUGUCGCCAUUGUCCUGGCUCUUGGAAUGCCUGCUGAUAUCUACCUGAUUGACGAGCCCAGUGCUUAUCUUGACUCCGAACAGCGUAUCGUGGCAGCCAAGGUCAUCAAGCGUUUCAUCAUGCACACCAAGAAGACCGCCUUCAUCGUCGAGCACGAUUUCAUCAUGGCUACUUAUCUUGCUGACCGCGUUAUCGUGUUCGACGGUAAGCCAUCUGUUGAUGCUCACGCCAACACCCCCGAGUCCUUGGUUACCGGAUGCAACACCUUCUUGCGCAACCUCGACGUCACCUUCCGUCGUGACCCCAACAGUUACCGUCCUCGUAUCAACAAGUACAACAGUCAGAUGGACCAGGAGCAGAAGUUGGCCGGAAACUUCACAAUCCGUACUAACACGUCGUUUUUCAGUUCUUCUUGGAGGAAGAGAAAUGAAGAGGGCAUUCCAAAGAACCAUGAUCGUGUCCCUCACAAACGUGAUGGCCGCGACUCCGACCAGCGGCAGCAUCGGCGGCGCAGGCAUAGGAGAAUCCUUCGAUUAGGGGCGUUCUACGGCGUUACCAAGGCCUCGGCAGCUCAAAUUAAACGACUUGUCAGUCGUGGCGUUGAGCUUUGCGGCGAUGCGGAGGGAGCGUCGGACGAGGAUGACGAAGAGGACGAGAUCGGCGCAGCAACCCAUGGCUCAAUGUAG